AUGGUUGAUUACUGGGGGAAACCUGCUCUGGGUGACCCCGCGACCUACCAAGACUUCCUCUUGAUCGAAGAUGAUAUGGGGAGAAUCAUAAAGUUGGGGUCCAUUCUCGAGCCCGAUGUUUUAGGCAUAGGCAUACAAGAAAACCUUCUAAAUCUCGUUUCGCCCUCACUCCACGCCGAGGUCAUACAGAAUAUAGGGCGGGAUCCGAGGUACAUCUACACCUACCUGACGAAGGAGACCGCACAAACCAUCAAGCACUUUACUGAAUGGGUAACGGCUGGUGACUACAAGAUGACGCAGAGGACCUUCCAUGGCUUCAACCUCCUUGUGCUACAUGGCCGCGUCUACACCAUGGCCGCAAAGUACUUGUGCAACGAGCUUCAGACCUGCGUCACGAUUCACAUUCACCGUCUUCUGCUUAUGCAGCGCCACAUUAUCCAACCUUGUCACGACAUCGAGUUUCUGGAUUAUCUCGCUGAACACCAUAGUAUAGGCCAGGACCACCUCCGCCGGAUAAUGGUCAAGAAGGUCGCCUUUGACAUCAAGAGAUACAUCGACAUGCCCCAAUUCGAGGCGUUUUGCAAGAGGUUCCCGAGGGUCGCAUUCGAAAUUAUGAAGGAACUGUCGCCAGCAACCAUCGAUCCGAUUGCACCCUUGGUCAUAAACCACGAGGGGGUGUUCAUCCUAGGCGACUCUCCUCUAAAACGCUUGAUCGCUAGGUGUCUUGCAGAGAAGAUGGAGAAGCUGGAAAGGGAGAGGGUUGAAAGGGAGAGGGAAGCACAGGCUUAUCAAGCUGCCCUACGCAAUUAUUGA